GCCUCCCGUCCUCACCUUGCCACCAGCUCGCCCACCACCACGCGCCCGCGCCACGCCGGCGGCAUGGAGCCGAGGAAGUGCGGCGCGCGCGUGCCCCGGGCGGUGGCCGUCCUGGCUGGGCUGCUGGAGCGCGCCGCCGAGCGCGGGGACGCCGAGGGCGCUCCGCCCGCGUCGUUGUCGGCGUUCCGUGGGAAGGCCCUGCCGGCGAUCCCCGUGCGCCGGUACGCGGAGCGGAUAUACCGGUACGCCGGGUGCAGCCCCGCGUGCUUCGUCGUCUCCUACGUCUACCUCGACCGCCUCGCGCAGCAGCGCACGCUGGUGGACGGGGAAGGCGAGGAGGAGGAGGAGGAGAUGGCGGCCGCCGCGGUGGUCGGCGUUGUCGACUCGUACAGCGUGCACCGCCUCCUCAUCACCGCCGUCUUGGUCGCCGCCAAGUUCAUGGACGACAUGCACUACAACAACGCCUACUUCGCGCGCGUGGGGGGCGUGGAGGUGGCGGAGAUGAACGGCCUCGAGCUGGAGCUCCUCUUCGCGCUGCGAUUCCGCCUCAACGUCACGCCCGACACCUUCGCCCGAUACUGCGCCGCGCUCGAGGCCCACAUGCUCGUGCCGCCGCCGCCGCCGCCAGCGGCGGCGGCGGCAGCUCCCGUCGCCGACUCCGGCGAGGACCAGGAGGCCGAGCGCUGCCGACGCGACCACCGGGCCGCGCUGCUGCUGGUUACGAAGACGAAGGAUGCUGCGGUCACCGCCGCCGUUCAUGGUGGUCAGGUCGGGAUCGGGAUCAGUAGGGCCGCCGCCGGCUCAUCAGUGCCGCCCAUCGCCGUCCCUAGAGCGGCAGUGGAGAUGGUCGCCCGAUGACGGCACGAUUCUUUCAUUUGUUAAUUUGUUGGUUCAUAUUCUAGGAGCGCAAUUCGUUCCCGGUUAAUUCUUGGUGAGCCUUUUGCGUUCGCUGCUGAUUAAGCGAGGUUCGUAUCGUGUUCUACAGUUGUACUCGUGUCCCGCCGGUGUGUGUAGUACUUGUGUGUGCAAAGCGAUUGCACGAGAUAGUUGGGUGUACAGCAUUUCCUUUUUUUUAAGGAUUCGGAGUCGAACGAACGAUGAAUGUGUACCCUCCAGCCCUGGUUAGACAAUGCAAAGGCGGUUGACUGAAAA